ACAAGAACGACAAGAUAGAACAAAACUUUUAGAUCUUCUCUUAUCACCAGAAGAAUGGAGUUCAAUAGAUGAAUUAGCGAAGCUCUUAUAUUCUUUUACGCAGGUAACUAGAUAUAUUGGAGGAAGCCAAUAUCCCACUUUGGGAAUAAUGAUUCCUACUCUUAUUAAGCUCUCAUAUCAUUUAAGAGAAUUUUAUCUCACUAUCGCUUUACAAACAGUAAAAAUCUGCUGCAGUAAAAUUAACCAAUCAAUACUGUCAAGGUGGUUUGAACCAUUAUCUUAUAGUCAAAUAGCUGCCUUUUUGGAUCCAAGAUUCAAGCAAAUGAAUUAUGUAACAGCUAGUAAAAAAAGAGAAACUAUUGCUCACCUUUAUUCUUUAUUUGAUACACAAGGCCGAUCUACUUUUAUUCAAGAAUCUCAACCUUUAAAUACUAACUUGUCUUUUUUUUUUUCUUCUUUUUAUGAUGAUGACUACAUUAUUCAAAAUGAACCUAAAAAUGUAUCAUUAAUUGAAAAAGAAAUAACACUUUAUAAAAGUUUAUCUCAAAUUCCUAAAUAUCAUAUAAUAGACGAAGAAUAUC